CUAACGAUGAAUACUUCCAGUAACCUCACAGUGAUGGUCAUCCUGAUGACAGCCGUUAUCCUCAGUCACAUUCAACCUUCACUGUGCCAAAUACAUCACAGAUUCAACUGCUGGAGACCGGGUGGUAAGAAACGAUCUGACCCAGACAACUCGAACGAUCCAUCCAAUAGUGGAGAUCACCUGCAACUUAAAUGGUCUUUACAGAGAUACAUCGAUUCCGUUCCAGCAAGUGAGCUUUUAAAUCUCCUCAGUCAACUUUUACAGUUUGAGAACAUGCGACGGACCAAAAUCACUGUCCCCGAAACGGAAGGCGACUCCAACAACGACUGGCUAUCAUCUCCAGCGGAAGAUAAAGACGUCAGUCGGACGUGGUCAUAACAAGUUCAGACCCGUCGUCGUCACCGUCAUCGUUGUCGACAUUUAGUAUAAGAAAUACUGAAUAAGAAAAAGAAAAAAAAAUUGUUUCACUUGAAAAGAAAGAUAUUUUCUAUAUUUUGUUAACAGUAAUGACACAAUUGGCUACACUUGCGCAUUCUUUAUUAUGUGAUUUAAAUGUUACAAUCUCAUCAUUUUAUUUGGAACUGUUAAGUAUCAUGACAUGAAAAUUACAAAGGAGAAAUUCAAGUUUAUCGAAAAGCACAGAGGUCAAGGUUCGUAGCCAGUGAAUGAUAUGAUCGAGUUUUUAUUUUAUCUUUGCAGAAUAUAUACAGGUUUCCUGAUCAUAUUUUUAUAUAUACCUACCAUCUUAAGAUGAUUUUAAUCAUGUUCUUUUAUUUCAGUAAAGCAUAGCAUUUUUUUAGCGAAAAAAGCCCAAACAGAUUACAAGCAUAAACCACGUAAAUAGAAGCGAUGGGUUAUAACCAUUUCUAUGAUACACAUUUAUCUAUAUUCAUAACGAAAAUUCGAUCAAUGACAAUUGUCCAAAUUGUAACAUUGCUACAUUGUUCUAUCCACACAAUCCGCUGAACAUGAUUUUAAUAUGUGCGUUUUCCAAUUAUGUUAUCUAGUUUUAUAGUGGGAAGUGGCUCGGCGGAUGUGAAAUAUGCAACAAUAGCUGAUUAUUUCAAUGUACUAAUGAUCAUGAUAAAGGGUACUAGAAGAAAAAGUUGUUUUCUGUAGGUUAUGAUGAUAAAUAUCAAAGAGAGGCGUGGUAUUUUGAUAGCGGGUAGUAAUAUGUUCUACAUAAUGUGAUUUUUUGGGGGGAGGGUCUCAAUUGAGCAACAGGGCUAAAUACAAUAACACGAUUUAGAUUUAUCUUUUUAGAUACUUCUUCUUUAUUUUCUGCUACCCCGUCCCGCCCGCACUGAUUACAUGGAUUACCUAAAGAAUUGUAGAGAAGCAUAAUCAUUUGCCCCUUGUAGCAUCACCGGGAGGGGGGGGGGGUCAAAAAAAGAAUAUCUUAACUAGUAGUUUACACUUAAUGUAUAUAAGUAGCAUUUAUUGUUUGCAAAUAUUUCACGAUUUUUUCAGUAGAUUUAACUUGUCUUUUAUUUACUUGAUUUAUCUGGGCCCAAUAUACUUUAACGAAAAUUCACGUAUCGCUAGCUUGCCUGGAUUAAGUAAAUUAAUUAUUAAUUAUACAAAAAUCAAAUCAUGUAGAAUCUACUUAUAUUUUUCGAUUAACGCCUUAUUUAGAUAUACCUGAAUAUUCAUUAAGAGCAAGUAAAUGUUAAAGUUUUUAAAUAACUGUCAUAUCCGUUUGUGUUUGAUAUUGUUUUGGAUUAGGUUGUGCAAAAUAUUUUAUUUUUUGUUGAAUCAAAGGAAGAGCAACAUUAAAUAGUUACUCAUCGGAAAAUUUUAAAAAUUCAGUUUAGGGUUCGGAAAUGUUCAUAUCAUUCUCACUGUUUUUUAUUUGUUAGGAUGAACCGGUCGCAUAUACAUGUAACUGUCAGUACCUGUACAGGUGACAAUGCAAUAAAGUGUAAUAUGGAUAAAACAUGUCUAGGAUGAAAAUGAUGCCACUGAAAGUGGAAAGAUGGGAGGGCGGACUUUCGAAUCACUAAAGUCCACUCCCCCAUCUCUCUCUCUCUCUUGUUCUUAAUAUUUCAGUGAUUGUUUUACUUAAUUAAAAUGGAUGCAUAAAAAUAAGUAAAUUUUACCUAAAACUGCCAAAACUAAUGAAUACUUGAAAAAAUUAAGAAAAGUUUUGUCUAAAUUUUAUUGAGAAAUCACGAAAAUACUUUUUUACAGUGUGUACUAAAUCCAAAUAAACAUUGUCGGGGAUUAAUUUUUGCCAUUGCAUUUGUCGAAUUACUGGUUUUUGUUCGAUUCAUAUCCCUAUACUUUAUCAUACUUUGUACCAUAUUUCGUUAAUAUAAUUCUCGGCUAUACACGAUCAUAAAAUAAGAAUACACGUUUACAUUUCCCCCAUACAUUUGUGGGUUUUAUUCUCCGAUUAUACUUACAUGAAUAAAUAAACGUAAACAUCAUGCCAAUAAUGUUUAGAAUUAAGGGAAGAAAAGAUUGUAUUUUUCAUGACAGGUAUUAAUAUCAUUUAAUAGUUUUCCCCGUGUUUCAAAAUCACAUGUUUCAUUUUUAUUGACGACUAAAAAAUGUGCAUUCUUUAUUCAUUUGUCUCAUAAAUGGCCUAUUGGAAGUUCAUAAUAAAAUUACUUUCCAAGA